AUAUUCCAUUUCUAAAUGCUGCACACUGUUCCUUUAAAACUGUAAUCACUGCUGUGGUUCUGUAGUUAAAGUUGUCACAACACAAGCAGUCUGGCUUCUGUCACAGUCAUCUGAGGAAUAAAUAGUCCACAUUGCUCCUGCCCAGACUCUGGCAUCUUCAGCUGUCUCGUUCCAGCGGGGCUCAGCCUCUAAACAACACUGAUACUCUGCUCAGAUGGAAAACAGAGCGAGUUGCACCAACAAGGGGAAAGAUGCAGAUCAUGAGCCCAGAGGAGGAGCCAGAGUAUCAGACACCGCCCACCUGCGAUCUGCUCAGCCUUCUGCUGAAGAACAGACGCCCCACCGGAGCUGUCAACGAGGUUUGGCCCAACCUCUACAUCGGAGACGCGGCUACAGCUCAGCGUAAAACCCUGUUAGUGGAUCUGGGAAUAACACAUGUGGUGAAUGCUGCAGAUGGCCCUGAGCACAUUGACACCGGGCCACGUUUCUACAAAGACACCAGCAUACAGUAUCACGGAGUGGAAGCACCAGACUGUAAAGAUUUUGACUUGAGCCCAUUCUUCACUGAGACGGCUGAUUUCAUUCACGGUGCCCUGAGUCAGAAAGGUAAAGUGCUCGUCCACUGUGCACGAGGAAUCAGCCGCUCAGCGGCUCUAGCACUAGCCUUCCUCAUGAUCAGAGAGAGACUCACCCUCGUAGAGGCUGUGGAGGCCAUUCGAAGGCACAGAAACAUUCUUCCAAAUGUUGGAUUCCUGAAUCAGCUCUGUCACUUGGACUCAUCCUUGGCUCUGCAGAGGAAAACAAUACAACAUCAAAUGCCAGAGAAAUAAAGCAUUGGGAAAGAAUUAUCUCCAACUAGGAUCUUUUGAUCUGUUUAAUACAAAUCACAUAUUCUUUACAUUGCAGAUAAACAUGGCUGCUUUAUUUAA